CCCGUGAGGAUCCUGGAUGCAGCUUUAGUCCUUCUGUUCCUGGCCCUCUUCGUGGCCAUCAAUGCGGAGUUUGUCUGCAAUCCUGACGGCGAUGGCGAGCCCGACUGCUUGGGACGCUCUGGACAGGUGUCCCGCGACUUCUGGGAUCCAACCCACUACUGGAACUGCAGCGACUCCGGCAAGGCCCUUCUUACAGCGUGCCCGGACCAGACGGGAUUCGACCCCAAGACAGGAACCUGCGUGGAGUGGAGCGUUUGGCAGUGGUAUCCACCAUGUCCCACCGACUCCGAGUCCACCUGAGCAACACGUUUUGAUGCAGCAAGCUUGGGUUUCUACUUUACAUCGAUCGCAUUGGGAUUGGACUUUCCUAUGAGUGUUACCUUUCAUAAGUAGAGAAACAAGUUCGUCACAAUUAUAUGUUUUAACUAA